AUGGCGCUUCUCGGUCUGGCGCUUGCUCUGGGCUUGGCACGUGUCGGCCUUGCUGCUCUUGGUCCAGGCAGCUGUGCUUUCCUUGCCAUUAACGGACAGGGCCCAGACAGCUUCAAGCUUGUGCUCUUGGAACCGCUGGAGCCCGGUGAGACCAUCCGCGUCACCUUUCGGAUGGUCGACGGCUCCGGCAAUUGGGUUGGAUCAAGCAGCACUAACGACUUGACAUAUACCGCUGACUCGUGCCAAUUGCCAGGUGUAACCCUUGCCGGAGUACAGGGUCAGACUUCUGGCAAUGCUUUCGCAUGGCCAAACGGAGGUGAACAGCUCUCAAACGGCGGUGACACAUUGAUUGCAGUGAGCGGAGACGACACCCCCCUUUGCGCCGCGAGCAGCGAAGCAGAUACUUGGGGAUACGUCAACGGGGGGCAGACUGCCUUGCCUGCUGGCCUCACAGCGAACUCCGCCGAUGCCAUUACAAAGGGAAGUGUGGUCAGCAUGUGCUAUCAAGGCGUGACCAGUGGCACUGUGGCAGACGUGAAGACGGCAAUUGCUGAUCUGGGCAACUGGUUAGUCAAUUCAGCGGGGAACUAUGUCAGCUGCACUUCGCCUGCCAAUAGCUUCACGAUGAGUGAUGCUGCAACAGAGUGCCCAACGACGACCACUACGACCACCACGACCACCACGACCACUACGACCACUACGACCACUACGACCACUACGACCACUACGACCACUACGACCACGACCACGACCACCACUACCACGACAACAGCAGCAAACACAACAACAACAGACUCGACGACCACAGCCUCGACAGAAGACGGGGAUUUCGAUAUUAGCGGCGCUUGGGCCUCAACUGCCUCGUUGCUCACACUCUUCCAGGUGAUUGUUGGGGCAGGAGGCCUCCAGAUGAUUUGA